CUAUAUAAUUUGUGAAAGAACCCAACCGUUUUCAAUUUCGUAUCUAUUUUCACAAUCAUGGAUUUCUUGUCUAAACUCAGCGGCUCUGCCGACAAGCCACACGACCAAAAUCCAGACAACCACAAGCCAUCAGCUUCCGAGCUCUUGUCCAGCGCCAGGUUGGUCGCCGACGCUGCCAAGUCCUCUUUCGGCGGCGGCGGCGGCGGCGGCGAGGUGGAUAAGGGCAAAGCUGCCGGAGCAGGCGCUGACCUGCUUGGAGCGGCUUCGGAUUACGGCAAAUUGGAUGAAACCAAGGGAGUUGGUAAGUAUGUUAACCAGGCUGAGGAGUAUCUCAAUAAGUAUGAGAAGUCUCAUUCUGCCACUCCUGUUCCUGCUGCCGAGCCAAAACCGGCUGAGCCGCCGAAGAAGGAGGAGUCCGGCGAGAAGGAAGGCGGAGGAUCUGGGUUUGGGGAUUACAUGAAGGUGGCUGAAGGUUUGUUGAAGAAAUGACCCUCUUUUGCAAUUGGGUCCUUCUCCUUUUAUGUGGUUGUGCUUGUUGCUCUGUUUUUGUGUAAUUCUGUAAAUAAGGGUUUGCAUUUACUGCUAAAACCUACCAUAAAUGUGUGCUCUGUAGGCUACCAGUUAUGUUCUGUGUUUAACCCACAAUUUAUAUGUUAGAUUUGUGGUUCUUAUCUUGUUAUAAA